GUGGACCAGCCGGUGCAGACGGAGACGUGGAAGGCGCGGAGCCUGGAGGAGCUGGUCCGCAUCCUCCAUCGAAUAUUCGCUGAGGACAAAGUCAGCGUGGAGGAGGUGCAGGCGCUCAUGGAGUCGUACGAGAGCAACCCCGAGGAGUGGCUGCAGUACGCCAAAUUCGACCAGUACAGGUAUACAAGAAAUCUUGUGGACAAUGGAAAUGGAAAGUUCAACUUGAUGAUCUUGUGCUGGGGUGAAGGGCACGGCAGCAGCAUCCAUGAUCACACUGACUCACAUUGCUUCAUGAAGAUCCUCCAGGGAAAUCUAAAGGAGACUCUGUUUGAAUGGCCUGAGAAAAAAGGGAAUGGUGAAAUGACUAAGAAAUCAGAACGAGUUUUGAGGGAAAAUCAAUGUGCCUACAUUAAUGACUCCAUUGGCCUGCACCGUGUGGAGAACAUCAGCCACACAGAGUCCGCCGUCAGCCUGCAUUUGUACAGCCCGCCCUUUGACAGCUGUAACACCUUUGACCAGAGGACUGGGCACAAGCACAAGGUCAAGAUGACCUUCUACAGCCAGUUUGGAGAAAGGACUCUCUGCGCGACAGCAGUGCCGCAGGAGAACAACUGAGAAGCACCAGCACACGUUUGCAUAAGACCUGCUGAAUGUCUAACCAGGGACAGAAGACGCAUGGCUAAGGCCGACAGCCAGCUAUAUUUCUAUACCUUGUACAUAGGAGUACACUAGGGCAGCUUCCAGGCCACCCACAGUUCCCCCGAGCAAAUGCAGAUCAUGGGACACUAAGCUAACUAGUGGCACAAACUACUUCAGAGGUUAGAUGCCUUUUCUUAGGCUCUUGUCAGAAUUAAGUAAUUUGUUUUCUGAUUCUAGCCUCCUUUUAAUUCCACUUCUGAGAAUAUCAGAAAUAGGGUUUUUAAACAUCAUCUGACACUACUUAAUAGGCCUACAUGU